AUGGUUGUGACACUUGUGGGAACCAUCCUUUUCUUAGGAAAAAUGGGUGAAUUUAGGACUGAGUUUGGUCCUACUGAUAUUCGUCUCCAGAUGUGGACCACUCAGAGGCCCAUGUUUCGCAUCCCCAAUAGCCACAGUAAUAGUGACCUGGAAGGUUACAAUAACUUCUUCCAGGAUUGGACGCGGGACAUAUGUAGAUUGCAGAGGGGCUGUCGGGGCGCUCAGCGUGGGGCCGAGAGCGGUGGCAGGGGCAGGCAGGAGCUCCCCAAGCGCCCCGGGGCAGGGCCCCUCCGUGCCGCAGCCAGCGGGGCCCAGGCUGGGCCGUGGGCACCUGCUGCUGGGACACCCGUGCCUGUAAGGCCAGCCCUCAGGGACGCUUGCCCCGGCCCUGCAGAGGUGAGCUGCUCAUUCCCGCUGUCGUUUGCUCUCUCCCCUCCAGCAUGCAUGCUGUGUGGCCGGGCAGAGGCUGACCCGGACAUCUGCGGGUACAAACUGCAGAAGCGAGGGCUCUGCGCCCACCUCUUUUGCCUGUUUUUUGCCAACGGCCUCUUCCAGAAAGAGUCCCACAACGUGGGCCUGAUGGGAUUCCCCCUGAGGGAUAUUCGCCAUACAGUCGAGCAGGCAGCGCAGCAGCGCUGCUUCGUCUGUGGCGAGAGCGGGGCCGCCAUCACCUGCUGCCAGGAGGGCUGUGACCGCAGCUUCCACCUCCCCUGCGCCGUGGAGGGGGAAUGCGUCAUGCAGUUCUGUGGGCUUUACAGGUCCUUCUGCUGGCAGCACCGCCCAGAGCAGGCAGUGGAGGCAGCUCCGGGGGAGAACACUGCCUGCCUCAUCUGCCUGGACCCGGUGGAGGACAGGAAGUCCUACGGCACCAUGGUGUGCCCAGCGUGCAAACACGCCUGGUUCCACAGGGCCUGCAUCCAGGGACAGGCUGCGCGUGCCGGCAUUUGCUUCCAGUGCCCUUUCUGUAGAGAUAGGCGUGCAUUUCUCAAUGAGAUGCUCACCAUGGGCAUCCGAAUCCCAUUCAGAUUGCCAUCAUGGGAGAAUGGGCACGCAGAUGAUGAGCAAAAUGAGAGGCACAGCCGCUGCGAUGCCCGUGAGUGCCUUUGCCCAGGAGGCAGGCAGCACACAAAGCGACAGGGGCCCUGGCAACUGCUCCUGUGCUGCUCCUGCGCUGCCGAGGGCACCCACAGACGAUGCUCCCACUUGGGGACCGGCGCAGCCAGAUGGGAGUGCAACAGCUGUGCUGGCCUGGGCACCGCCUCCAGUGGCAGCUCGGAGGUGGCGGGUCCCAUCACCGAGAGCCACACUGGUCUCCAGGCGGCAUCGGGGCCAUCCCAAAGCUCCCCAGUGCCUGAGAGCAGCAGCUGCUCCAGCCCACCUGGGCCUGACCGUGUGCGAGACCGAGCUCGCUCACGGCGUAGUGCCCAAAAACCCUACAGCCGGCCCACAAGACACCGUGGCAGGAGCAGUGCACCAGCACGCAGGGCUGAGAGGAGCACCCCAGGACAGUUGGCACGGGGACGGUCCCACAGCUCGCUUGUCCCUGAGUCCAGCAGCCCCAGCACCAGCACCACGGCGGCAUCAGGGUCCUCCUCCAGCUUCACAGAACUGGAGAGUAGCAGCCCCAGCAGCACUGGUGGCCAAGGGGCAUCGGGGCCGUCUCAAAGCAGCUCCCCACCACCUGAGAGCAGCAGCUGCUCCAGCCCACCUGGGCCCGACCGCGUGCGAGACCGCUCUCGCUCGCGGCGUCGGGCCCAAAAGCCCUACAGCCGGCGCACAAGAGGCCGUGGCAGGAGCCGCGCACCAGCACCCAGGGCUGAGAGCAGCAGCCCCGCACAGUCGGUGCCGGGAUGCUCCCGUGGCUCCCCGGUACCCGAGACCGGCAGCCCCAGCACCCCCAGCUCUGCACGGCUCCAGAGCAGCCGCCGCCCCAGCCGCCCCGGGCCCGUGCGGGGACGAGACCGCUCCCGCUUACGACGUCGGGCCCAGAACCCUUACAGCCGGCCCGGACGCUGACGCGCGACCAGCCCUGCGCCGGCCCUGCCUGCUGGCCCUGAUCCCCCACCACCGCUCCAAUAAAGUUGACUGUUAAUCUCUGCCCUGGGAGAUUCCACGCUCCUUUGUUGGCUUCCGCCGGGCCCACAGGGUUGUCUUCUCCCCGGGGCUUGGCAGCACCUUCCCCAGACCUCCCUCCUCGCGGGCUGGCCUUGGCCGGCUGCCCAGCGCCAUGGCCGUGGGCUUCGGGCCUCGCUGGCCCCGCAGCCUGCUCCGCUUCCCCGGGGAAAGUUCGAACGCACAAGCGGCAAAGCGCCUCUGCUUUCAAAGUUCCCCUCAGAGUCACCUCUGGAGGUGUGACAUGAAGGUUGCUGCAGAUGGUGCUGCUACAGUAGUAGCCAAAGGGCAUUGCCCUUCCCCAGUUCCAGCUCCUGUCGCCCACCGUGGUUGCUGCUGUACCAGCUUGUCCUGGCUUUGAGGGAGCGGUGGGGUUUUUUGGUAGC